GACCUUCUGCAAUAAUCGAUACGAAAACACUUCCUGAUAAUGAAUAUAUUUUAGCAGUUCGUGUAGGAUACCUGAAAAUGGUCAUUUACGUGAAAUGAGGAAACCGAAUAUAUUAUAACAUUGUCUAUUUAUAGACAAACUAGAAUGCAAAGUAAAAUGGAUGUUCUCCUGUACGUUGUUUUUUCAUAUCUAGCAAAGAUCUCUAUCGCAAUUUGUCCACCAUCAGAGGUGACAUUGUAUGGAAAAAGUCGUUGUCUGAAGGAAUGUCCAUGGAGAUCUUAUAUGUUUAGACAAAUAUGCUAUGAAGAGUGCCCGGUAAAUACCAGAGUUAUUGUGACAGAGUUAGGAAAAUUUUGCUCUGUGGAUCAUGAAUUUGAAUGCCAGCGCAUUUCCUGCCCAGACGAGUUCCCUCUUUGCUAUAAAAUGAAUUGCUUGAAGACAUGUCCUAAGUACACGUUUCAGUUUCUGAAUAAUUGCGUAAUAGAAUGCCCCGAGGAGCAAGCGUUUAAACUCUCACACGAUUGUGAAGAAUCUUGUCUUCCAGGAAAGUGCUUGGAAUCAUGUCCACCUUCUCAUCCAUUUGUAUUUCAGUCAAUCAGAUCGAAACAUUGCUUGCAACAAUGUCCCAAUUAUACGUAUGAAGAUAUAGCUAGCAAAGCAUGCAAGUCAGAAUGUCCUAUGCAUUCGCCAUUUCUUUUCAAUAAAACCUGUUUGAAAACUUGUCCCGAAUCACACCCGUUUGCAUCAACAGUGGAAUCAAUGUAUAACUCAAUUUCGAAAUGCUUUAACUCCUGUCCAAGUGAUGCUGUGAUUGAUGGGGAUUACUGUGUCAGUGUUUGUCCAAGAGGAAAACAUUUGUUUAACAACACAUGUGUCGUAACAUGUCCUACGUCACAUCCUUUAAUGUUUCCAAAUACGAUUAGAUUCGUAAGUCCCAUAAAAAGCCUUGGGAAGUCGGAUUUCAUAUGUGUCGAUUCUUGCAAUGUGGGAUCAAAUGUUAUCUAUCAGUACAACAUAUACAAUAACUUCUGUGUAGAUUCCUGUCCGCAAGAGUCGCACUAUGCUUAUAAUGGUUCGUGUCUGACAGAAUGCCCCGUGUCAAGCAAGUAUAAUAUUCAUCAUGGAAAAUACUUCCUUUGUGUUGAAUCUUGUCCCGUUAAUACGUUUGUUUCCAAUGAAACCAACUGUAGACGGUCUUGUCCUUCUGAUGAAAACUUCUUGUAUAACAAUACUUGCAACGAAACAUGUCCAUCUGACUACAACUUUAAACAGAUCGCUGGAAGUUAUUACAAAUGUAAUGCAGCAUGCCCAUCAGAGGAAUUUAUUUACAAUGAUUCUUUUUGCGUUGCUUCCUGUCCACCUGAAGCAAAAUAUCAAUAUGAUAAAACAUGCGUCACAACAUGCUCAAAACCAUUGAAAUAUCAGUUAAGCAAUUCCACAACCAUACAUCGGAAUCGGUACAACAAAACAACUGUCAAUCACCAUUAUUGUCUUGAAGAUUGUCCACCGAACACAAACUACUAUGAAGAUGCAUGUGUAAUGGAAUGUCCGAGUCAAGCUAAUUACCUCUUUAAUAGAUCGUGUCAUACGGGGUGUCCUGCACCAUAUAACUACAGGUUUUUAAGUGGGAAACACCAUGUCUGCUGUGAUGAAUGUCCACAAAACACAUUCACUUACAAUGCUACUUUGUGUCUUUCGGCAUGUCCUGUGGAUAAAAAUUUCGAAUUCAACAACACAUGUUACAACAAGUGUCCCGAUUCCAACGACUUCAUUUUUCAAGAGAGUUCCCAUUUCAAAUGUUUGGAUAAAUGCAGUUCGAAGUCUUUAAAGACUCUGAAUAAAACAUGUUUGAAUGAAUGUCCCCAGGGUACACUCCAAUUAGACAACAAAUGUGUGCAAUCGUGUCCAAGUGAUAGGCCACUGAAUUACACAAGAAACGAUGGGAAACAUUGUUGUCAAAAUUCUUGCCCAUAUAGAACAUACAGGUUUGAAAGUAAAUGCUUUGAUCGUUGUCCACAUGGCUUUCGAACCUUUAAUUUCACUUGUACACUUGAAUGUCCGAAGUCGACUCCAUAUAUAGAUAUCGUGACCAAAAAGUGUUUAAGCACUUGUGAAAAUGACUUUGUGAUAACUAAUAACCAUCAAUGUGAUGUAAAAUGUCCACAUGAUAAACAAUACAUAGAGAAAAAAAGAUGUGUGAAAGGGAAAAUACAAAAUAUGUGUGUGAAAUUUUGCAGCAAACAAAAUUCAUUUUCGUAUAUUGCAAAUCAAGGAAUAUUUUGUUAUGACCAAUGUCCCAAUCAUUUGCUUCUGAUGGAAAAUCAACGGACCUGUGUAGAAGAAUGUCCCGAUAAUAAGUUAAUUGUCGGGAGCAUAUGUCGAGCGAUAUAUAAAUGCCCUAAUCACAAGUAUCUGGAACACACUGAUGUUGGCAAGAGAUGUAAAAAUGAAUGUUCACUAGGAUUUUUCUUGGAUGGAGUGCAUUGUGUCAAGGAGUGUCCACUAGAAAAAGUAAUUGUUAACGCUAAGUGUGCAGAAGAAUGCCCAUCAAGCCACCCGUUAAUUCAUAAGGAUUUCACAUCCUCGAAACCACGUGCAACAUGUUAUUUUCAAUGUCCGGGUAGACUAGUGGCGAAUGGGUCGACCUGUAUUGACGAAACUACUUGCCACUCAACGAAGCAUUACACAUAUGAACAUGUUUGUUAUGAAGCAUGCCCCAUGUUGACAAGGAAAACCGAAAACUAUACAUGCUUCUCUUUGACAAGCUCUAUAUUAUAUACCAUAUUACUCCUUAUCUUAACAAUCAUACAGCUUGGUGUCCUAUAUUUUGUGACAUGUUUUACUGGCAAAAAAUCCAACAAGAAAAAGGAAAUGGAAGGCGCAAUGAUAAAAACUCAUUUUCAGUUAACGUCUAGCAACAAAGAUAGAGAGCACAAUAGAAAAUACGUCAUCAGAUUUAAAAAGGAAGAAAAGGAAAACAUCGAGAUUUUUGAAGUAAAUACUAUUGGCAGUGAUGAAAAGAUGGAAAACAAUGAAGAUGUAACGGAGCUAAACGAUGGAUAUAAACCCAUUAAUUUUCGAAGACGUAAACAUUGAUUGUCGGAACAACGUUUUAUAAUAAUGUCGAUGUAUUGUGUGUUUUUAUUUCUUCAUAAUAACGUAAAAUUGCUAUGCAAUUGGAUUGCAUCGUAUUAUAAUUAGAUUAUACAGUGUUGUUUUGUCGCCUUAUUUCAUUGAACAUACUGCUCAAACUAUCUAUUAUAAAAGGCGGUUUAAUUAGAAAUAAGACAAUGCAGUACUUUUGUUAAUUAGUUUACCAUGCUAUUCGAAGUUUUGCUGGUGUGAAAUUAUGACAAAUGACGCCAUACAUUUUCUCAUUUUGUUUUCUUAUGUUUUUGUAUUUAUAUCUUAAUUGAGUUGUAGAUUGGCUAUUUUCUGAUUACGCUGUGAUGAAACCGAUACGUAUAAAUUAUGCUUUUUAUUUUCAAUUUGUAUUUCAUAGAUAAAUCUUCGUAGAACUGAAGCAUGAAAGGUUAAGAUAACGAACAGUGAUCAAUCACAUAACUCCUUUAAAGAGUACAAAAUUGAGAGUUGGGCAACACGGACCCCUGGAUAUAACAGAGAUGGAAACAGUGCCUAAGAGGAGUAAGCAUCUCCUGUCAACCGGUCACACCCACCGUGAACACUAUAUCUUGAUCAGGUAAAUAGAGUAAUCCGAAGUCCAAAUCAGUGUGCCAAGAUCGGCCUAACAAUUUGUAUCAAACACAUUAUACAGCAAAGAUAGGUUGUAUUGGCAAACUAGAACAUUAUAUCCUCCAUAGUAUUUACGGAAUGUUGACUGUCGAAACGCCUGUAGCAUCAACGUGUUUGUAAGUAGACUCCCUCGAUUUAUAAACUGAUCAUACUCAGAACAAGCUCUUGGUCAUCGAAUCACUUUGAGAGAUAUGAAUAUCAUAUGCAGGUGAUAAUGGAAAAAUUCUAGAAAGAUAUGGGAAGUUGACGAUGGAAAAGCUGCAAUUAUCCUGUUUGUCAUAAAGUGGAUUUGAUAGUUUGCCGUUAAUAUCUAUUUUCAAUAAAACAUAUAAGUACGAAGCAGAUGUGGAGACUCUGUGGUGUCUUUUAUUAUUUUGAGUUCAUAGGGAUAUAUCGAAUCGUCAUAUUAUUUCUAUCAUAGUAUGUUUAUGAUUAUGCAGUUGUUGACCAUCUGUUUGGAUAAUUCUAUUUUCUUAGCAUGUCUGUCAAAAGCCUUUUGAAAAAUAAUAUGCACAUGGCUUUGUAUAUUUUUACAUUGUAACACUACAUAAACUGAUCAGGACAUAGGGAUUGUGCCGGCUGUAACUGGUCAACAGUGAUCUUAGAAACUUAAACCCACUUCUGGCUAGGAGGUUAUAAAAGUUGGCUCGGGCUCCAGCUCCAACUCUAGCUCGAAAACAAGAUUUGGAGUAUGGCUCCAAAUAAUUUUAGGUUAUAAAAACUGGCUCAAGCUCUGGCUCCAAAUCAGGCUCGAAAGUUGUCUUGAAAUUUUGAGCCGGAGCACAUACUCGAAAUGUGGGUUAUAAAACUUUUGAGUAAGGAAAUCAUACUCCAAAUGGAGUAUGCCAUACUUAAAUCUCGAGUAAGCUCAAUAGCUUACUUGAGAUUUAAAGUAUGUACUCAAAGUGUCGUUUGCUUUUAUAAAAAUGGCUGCAUGCCGACAAAUGCCAAUUAGGAAACGUGCUCCACACAAUAUCAGAGACAGAUCAUGCAACCCUUUAGAAGAAUUAUCUGCAGAUGAUGUUUUUGCAAGAUAUAUUUUCCUACCACACACCAUUAUGGAUCUCUUGCGUCAGCUGCCAGACAUAUCAUCUCCAACUCAGCGGAACCUUCCAAUUCCACCCCUCCUUCAAUUACAAGUAACGCUGAGAUUUCUAUGUUGGAUUUUACAGCUUUUAUAGGGCUUGAAAUAUGUCCUAUGUAGUCAUUUUUACUAUUUUCUGUCAUUUUUAAUGUGAAAUUGAUGAAAUAACGCAAAUUUUAAGGGUU